GCUGCAGCCGCUCCGAAGCGCAGGACCGGCCGGGGGCGAUCGGGGGGUCAUGGAGGGCCGGGGUGGCACCCCCAAAGCCGGACCCUGCCCGCCGCAGCUGGACACCUAGCCAAGCGGGCGGGGGGUGGGGAGGGGGUCCCCCCAGAUCCAGGGGGGCUAUGCCUCGCACCCCCAAGGCCCCCCGCCUCCACCAUGGGAGCUGCCGCCUCCAAGAGGAAGGCCCUGAGGAACGAGGCCAUGUCGUCCGUGGCGGCCAAAGUCCGAGCGGCCCGAGCGUUUGGAGAGUACCUGUCCCAGAGUCGACCUGAGAGCCGGAAUGGCUCAGACCACCUGCUGGCUGAGCCCAGCGCAGGCCCGGAGGAUUCCCCGGAGGUUCAUCAGGCCCCGCAACACAAACGCCGGCUCUCCCUCAUCUCCGACGGCAAGAUGGAGCGGAGCUUCUCGGAGGAGGGUCCCGCAAAGGGGGCGACCCCGGGCGAGGGGCCCGAGCCGCGCGUCUACACCAUCUCCGGCGAGCGGCCCAUGCUGUCGGACCCCGAGGGCGAGAGCAUCGAGCUGGGGGCCGUGAGGGGCUGCCGUCGGGGGCACCACCGGAGCCAGCCCCUGCAGGGCUCGGACGGGGCCCAGGACCCGGCCCGGCCCUGCCGCAGCUGGGGGGGCAGCCGCCAGGGCUCCAAGGAGUGCCCCGGCUGUGCCCAGCCGGCCCCGCCUCCCUCCGGCCAGUCUCUCGAUCCGGAGCCGGCCCCGGCCCAGGAGGCGGCGGGCCGGAGGAAGAAGCUGGAGAGGAUGUACAGUAUCGACCGCGGGUCCGACAACGUGCUUCCGAUCCGGACCUGGUUCCCCAAGGAGAAUCUGUUCAGUUUUCAGACUGCCACAACGACUAUGCAAGCCAUCUCGGCUUUCAGGGGAUACGCGGAGAGGAAGCGCCGGAAACGGGAGAGCGAUUCGGCGGCAGUUAUCCAGAGGAAUUUCCGGAAGCACCUAAGGAUGGUGGGAAGCCGGCGAGUGAAAGCCCAGACGUUUGCCGAGCGCCGCGAGAGGAGCUUCAGCCGGUCCUGGAGCGACCCCACCCCCGUCACGGCCGACUCUCUCCACGACUCACGAGACAGCCACGAUCUCCAGAACUCCUGCAAUGACCUGGACGAGGACUUCGAAGACCUGCACUGGGAGGCGGAGAAGGAGCUGGAGGCCGCCGCUUGUGACGCCGACGACUUCGUCCCGCCCAAGAUCAUGCUCAUCUCCUCCAAAGUCCCCAAAGCGGAGUACAUCCCGACCAUCAUCCGCCAGGACGACUCGUCCAUCAUUCCCAUCCUCUAUGAUCAUGAGCAUGCCACCUUCGAAGAUAUCCUAGAGGAGAUUGAGAAGAAGCUGACCAUAUAUCACAAAGGCGCCAGGAUCUGGAAGAUGCUUAUAUUCUGUCAGGGGGGCCCCGGCCACUUAUAUCUGCUGAAGAACAAGGUGGCCACUUUCGCCAAAGUGGAGAAGGAGGAGGACAUGAUUCACUUUUGGAAACGGCUGAGUCGCCUAAUGAGCAAAAUCAACCCUGAGCCAAACGUCAUUCACAUCAUGGGCUGCUACAUCCUGGGGAACCCCAACGGAGAGAAGCUAUUUCAGAACCUGAAGACCCUCGUGAACCCUAACAAGGUGGCCUUUGAGUCUCCUCUGGAGCUGUCAGCUCAAGGGAAGCAGAUGAUUGAGACUUACUUCGACUUCCGCCUCUACCGCCUCUGGAAGACCCGCCAACACUCAAAACUCCUGGACUACGACGACAUCUUAUGAGCCCGGGAGCACAGGCGGAAGGGAGGAGACGACCGCUAGCCAAGCCCGCGUGGGCUCGUCACCACAAGACUUUAUUUUCCCCGGUGGGGCGGGGGGGAGCGGGCCGAGGCCCGCCUUUCGCCCCCCCCCCCCGCCACCCCGGCCCAGGGCCGGGAAGGGGCAGAGGAACGACCCCCGGCGUCUGGGGAGGAAGCCGGACAGAGCGGCAGGGCCCAAGACGUGGACUCUGUCAACCCCGGCCGGCCCGGAGUCCCCGCCGGGGGACCCGUGGUGACGGCUGGAGGGUGGAGUCUCCUCACAGGACUGAGCUGCUUCAGGUCUGGCCGGACCCGAAUUCACUCCCGGUCCUUUUAAGACAUUUUCAAGCUCAGGUUUUCGUACAGAACAAAUACGGGACCGUCCUCACGCGAAGGCCCGGAGGAGAGGCAGGGCCCGAGCGGAGACAGUUAUCCCCUCCGCCUGACUGGGUGCCGAGGAGAUCGGAGAGAGAGGUCGGGCCUUGCCAAGCCUCUUCGACCCACGAGGGCCUCGGGCUGGUGGGCACCGGUGACUUCAGAGCGUCGCCUGCCAGGGGUCUCAGAGAGAACAAGUGCAAUUUUUACUCAGAGGAAUCGAGCGAGGACGGAGACGACUUAAUUAGUUAGCAUAACACACCAGUAACCAAUAGACAUAGUGUUUCAGUCUGCCUGAAAAUAUAUUCGGAAAGGAAAUAUAUCUUCCGUGGACAUAUUUAAUCACCAGCAACAUGGUUGGACGUCGCCAACAGGGUGCCCCUGGAUUGUACUGCAGAGUAGCUCCGUCGAACUAACGGAGGGGGCUUUUUCGAAGGGGGGGUUUCCAUCCCUUUUAGGAUCGGCUCGGCUACUUCCGCCGCUGGCCGAACUCCCCCUUGCAGAUCGGGAGGCCGGAGAGGUCCGUCCGAGCGGAGCCGUGGGGUCUUCUGUCGGAGGCGGACGGCGGGGAGAUUUUGUCAUUUGCUGCUCCGGAGACGUCUCUCGGCGAGGGGCAGGGCGGCGGCUAUCGCCCCCGAAGAAGGCCACUCGGGGACUCGGGGUAUUUGAAGGACACUGGUGGGAUGCUUCCGGAAGUAUGUCGCACUGGUGACUUUCGAUGCUGGGAGUUUCUCCCUCCGCCAUAUUCCCCAGGAAGUCAGCUCGGGGAACACCGUUUUCUACCGGAUUCACCAUCUCACUGAUCUCAGCCGUUUCACCCCGGACAACUGCCCGGAGGCUUGUAGAUGGCGGGCGGCAGCCUCUCUUUUCCAAGGGACUGGACGACCUGGGUUUUUCUCAGUCCUCAGGUGACGUUUUUCGAUGUCUACUCUUCAGCGUGGCGGGCCAGAAGCUGGUGGAGGAAGGCAGAAGAGGUGGCUGUCGACUGUCCCGUGCGUUUGGUGGGGAAAGCAGAUGAGCGAGGCAGAGGAGGCUGGUGCUUUGGUCGAUGUCCGCCCCCGGGUCCCCACAGGAGGAGAGUCAGUGGAGACCCGGGGGAGUGGUCAGCUAGGUUGAGAGUCGGGGGCCCCAUCCCCGCCCCUCCCCACUACAGGGGUUGGGGUGGGGAUUCGGGCCCAAGCCGGGCCACCGACCGACUCACGGUUUUUCUUGGCGCGGAAACAGCGUCCCCGGUGAUGUCCCGGUGAGCGUUCCGGAUCCAGGAUGACCGCUGACCUCUAGGAUAUGGCCUCCUGGAAGCUCGCCCCUGGAAACUCCGGCCCGGUGAGGCGAUCGGGAGCCGGGCUACCGACACCGAUCUGGGUGGCCGUUUUGGAUGUGACCUCCGGGGGUUGGCCCGGUUCGUCGUUAUGGUUAGCGGGGUCCCAUGGGGCUGGGGAGGGGGGUCGGUUGUCUGUCUCUGGGGGCCCGGCCGCACGGUGCUGGAAAGGAAAUCACCAGAGGGACCUUGACCCUCAAACCUUUUCAGCUGCCCUGGGGCAUCGGGUGAGUUUCUGGGCACACCUAGUCCAUGCCAUGAUUCAUAUUAUCUAGAGAGAUUAAGCCAACACAAUUAAAUGUGUCAUGUCAACGCUUCCCUGUUUAACCCCUCUCCUGCCCAUCUUCAGGGGAUAAGUUACUUCACUGGUCACGGGGCGGGGAAGCCUGGACGGCCCUCUGGGGGAAAAGGAAGCGCUCGGAUGUAGCCGCCUGACCGUGGCCGUGAGGAGAGCUCUGGGCCUGGGGGCGGUCGGGGCGGGAGAGGGGAGCCGCUGUCCCUUAGUGAGCCAGAAGUGAGGUUGAGGAGAAGGAUCCGCCCGUGUCAGCAUCUGGCAGCCCUGGCAAUCUGGGCGACACAGAGAUGUUUUUCCUCUGGCCUCGGACAGGAGUUUAAGUUCCAGUCGGGAGGCUGAGUUUCCAGAGGGGGUCGGCUCUAUGAAGGUCCCCCGAGGCAUCUGAGCCCUCUUGGGCAGGCAGACCCCCCCCACCCCCCGGGUGGAUCUCAUAGAACAUCGGGAGUCCUUGGCACAACCCCCUCCCACCCCUGGCGGAAGGGAAAUCAGGUUGGAGCCACCGGAUGCGUUUCUGGGAUUGAAGUCUGGGGAAGUCUAGGCUCCGACCCAGGCCAAGGGUGGAGUCCGUCUGACUCCUCGAUUCUGUCAGCCCGUCGGGCCCGAAUCGGCCACCCUCCUGGUCUCGGAGCGCUGGGAUGAGGCGGGCUGAUUGGCCCCUCAGCCAUCUGCUGUCGGCCUCUCUCUCCAGCCACGCUGGGAAUCGUUCACGGCUCCCACAGUGCCCAUUGGCGGGGGCUGUGCUCGGCCCCGGAGGGUCCUUGGGGCUCCCAGACCCGGAUAGCUUUCUGUCCGGUCCCCACCGUCCUGUCUCCAGCCCUGUUUCCCGGGCAGGGUCCUCAAUCCGACCCCCGCAAACUUCCCACCUCCCUCUCCGUUCCCAGAGCAGCCCGCACAGCUAGAUAGACAUGCCCCUGUCCCCUCCCUCCCACCUUCGGGAGGGGCUCAGAACCUCCUCCUUUUGCCGCUUGCCCUGCCAGAAUCUUCACUCACCCUUCUAGGGAUGUUCGGCCGGUCUCUCCCGGUUGACCCGGCCUUGAAUGCCCACUUGGUCUCAGGCCUCAGUUUCCUCAUCUGUGAAAUGGGGAGGCAGUGGCAGAGCCACGAAGAGGGCCUCCCCUCUCCCCGAGCUGCCCCUCGAUCCCCCCCGCUCCCGGAGCCCCCCUCAUAGUGGUCAGGUUGAUGGAGGAGGAGGGGUGCUCAAGCACCCUCAGUCCUGGCCUCCCACCUCACCCACCACAUUGUUCAGGGGCCACCGGUCUGAGGCCGAAGGGCCCUGGGGCCGAACCUAGGGGCUCGCGUUUGCCCCGGUGGCAACCAGGUGCCCAAUAAACCCGAGGAGGGGAUGGGGUUGCUGUCAGAGCCCUGUUCUGUGAGGUGUGCCACGGUGCCCUGGGGGAACCGGAGGCCGCCCUCUCCCCAGCAUUACCGCCCCUGCACCUUGACCCUCUGGGCCGACCACCGUGGGCCGGUUUGAGGUUGGCAGGGCAAGGCGGUCAGGUGAUCCCUGUUCGCCCCAGAAUACCCAUGAGGCCCUAACGUCCGCCCAGCCUUGCCCUCCCUUGGCAUCUCCAGGAUCACUCUGGGAGCCGAGGUUCAAGCGUGAUGCCGGCUGCGGGGCAGCAGCCUGGGGGCGGGGCACGGACCCGGGGAAAGUGGGAAGCGGCCCUGACUGGGCCCUCGGGAUUGUGGGAUCCGAGGGCGGGCGCACCGGUUCGCGCCCGAGUAACUUGCCCACCGCAAGUGUGCCUCAGGGACCAGGGUGCCCUUUGACCCCUCAGGGAUAGGCCCUUCCUCAGGCGAUCAGGGGCCUCCAGAGGGCAUUAAAUCCAUCCCCCUGCCUCCAGGCAGGACUGUGCCUAGGCCAGCCAGGUGGAGGAGUGAAGAAGUUGCUCCCUCGGCCUCCCGGUCCAGUGCUCCCACCGUGGAGGCGUGAAGUCCAUCCUGCCCUGUGCUCGACUAUCUUUUUUUCUCUGUGGUAUUUGUUAAGCGCUUUCUCCGUGUCAAGCACAGGGAUGGGAGGGAUGCCCCACGGCCAGGAGAGCGCCAGGUAGCCAAGGCCCCGGCGUUUGGUCUCUUUGGGGUCGGCUCUAAGGGUCCAAACAGUCAUCUCAGGGGACCCCGCUUUGACCAAUGGCUGUCUUGGGUUUCCAUUUUAGGGAGCAAGGUGAUCCCCAGUGGCAAGACUCUUAGGAAGGGUGUAGGGAGCCUGGUAGGGAAGGCAGGGGGGAAGGAGGUGAGAAUAACUGUCCUUUCGCCCUUAGCGAUCAGCCUCUUGUCAGGGGAGACCAGCCCCCGGCUUUCCCGACUCCCAGAACCCCUUCUCCGGCUUCUUCAUCCCCCUCAUAUAUCCGGGCUUGCCCCCCUCCCCUCUCCCCUUUCCCGCCUUUCCUUCCUCUCCAAGGUCUCCAGCUCCCCAUUCCUCCCAAACUGGUCUGUACUAAAAGAGAGGGCACAAAAUCCAGUGUUGGCUAUAACCAUCCCUCGCCUGACCUUGGGCUCACAGAUGACACCGACAAGACCGAGAUGCGGCCGAUGCUCUCUCAUAUACCGCAUUACUGCAUUGGCGCAUCCGUUACCCACAGUCCUCGGGCGCCCCUUUUUAUUUCCCCCUCUCCUGGUGCGGUGAUUUUUCCGGAAGCCUCUGCCCGUUUCUGACAUCCAGGCCGGUCUAUCUUCCGUUGCUUCCCAGCCGCCCACCGGGAUAGCUCGUCCUCUGAGGUUUGAAUUCCCUAAGUGUCUAAAACAUUUCUUCCGCCCACUCUGUUCAGUUUACCCCAUUUUAGCUCAACAGAGAGCAGCUGUUUGGGUAUCCUGCUGUCAUCCUUUCUCCUCUCACGUCCCGUGUGGUGGGAGAGAAUCGCUUCAGCGCCGCGUGGGAUGAGAGUAUUGUAUAGUACUGUAUUGCAUCUGUUCGGAAUCCAGAAUUGCUGUUAGAUGUACACGGCGUUGGUGAGGCCGCUCUUGGUCAGGUUUGAAGUCUGCGACCCGACUGGGUCUCUCUGGUUGUCGGCCUUCGGCCGGUCAAUCGAUCGAAAUGAUCCACGCAAUGCUUACUGUGUGCAGAGCACUGUACUGAGCCUUUGGGAGAGGACAAUCCGAUAGGGAUUCCCUUUGCCUAUUCCGAGAAGUGGUUUCAGGUCACCUGCCUGUCUUGUGGGCGUGCUUGCAGAGCACCGUAGGCGGGAUGUGAGGAUUUAGGAUGAAGCUCUCAGCCCGCUGACUGGAAAUUGCUUCCCAGAGGCCCAGAAUUAAUCUGGGCGCCUCAAAGAGGGUCUCCCCAUUGGGCCAGUAGCCCUAGGUCACUCACCCUUCUGGCGGGAGGGACCCAGAGAGCCUGCCUAAGCUGCCUCUGGCAGCGGGGGACAUGAUUCCCACCCAAGUCCCAGCCCAGGUCCUGGAGCCCGAUUCCCCCACCUCUGGAGUGCCCCUAGAGCAUGGGGGUGUCCUCCCGCCUUGCUCAAAGACCGUGGGAAGUGGAGGGAAAGGAGGGGAAAGGGAAGGUGGUUAGAAGGCAAGGCGGGAAACGGGGAGCUGGCUCUGGUCUGUGUCCCCAGAUCCCAGAGCACUUCCCCCACCCCAACCAAGGGGGGAGAAUUGUACCCCUGCUUCUCCUUUCUUUCCUUCUAGCCUCUACCCAAUCCCCUGGCUGGUCCUUCUCCCCGGUUGUCCCCCCUGGCUAGUCCUACUUCCCCAGCUGGCUCUCCCCCUUAGCUGUGCCCGCCCCCUCAGCCGGUCCCUUUCCCUUAUGUCUGGGCAGCCUGAGGGCUGGCUUCCUGCCGGGCAGCAGGCCGAGGUUUAGCUGGAUGAGCUCCCCUACACCCACCCCCUCAUUUUUGCUCCCCCUUCGGGCCCCCACCCCUCAACCAACUGCAGAUCUGGACCAGUGGGACCUCCAGGCGGUUGCCCGCCCCAGAGGGUCCUCCCGGGCCGGACCUCGAAGUCCUGGGCUCCCAGGAUACCCGGACUGCCCCCUGCUCGCUCUGGGCGGCGGCACUAGAAUGUGAAUCAAAAUUGGGCAGCCGAAGCGAAAAGGCCUAGAAAUAGCCCCCCCUCUGACCCCAUCACACAGCCAGUUCUUCAUGUUAUCUAACUUCAGUGUCUCCUGCUGCAGUUGAAUCCUUUCCUUUGGUUCCAUCCUAGGCUAAGGUUCUGCCUCGGACAGGGGCCGCGAGAUGCUUAGAGUAACCCCUUGACGGUUGCCUUCGGGCGUGCAUCCAUCCAUCCAUCAUUUAUCCAUCAUCCAGCCCUCCAGUCAUCCUCAGCCAUCCCUAAAUUUCCCCCGGUGGCUCAGCCGGGACACUGUGUGGGCUGGGAAAUCUGGGCGUCAGCGGGCCAGAGGGACAGGGAUCGGACUGCAGUGCCGACAGCCAGAGGAGGCCAAAUCUCUCCCACGCACAAGCAGGAGCUGGGAUGCUUGUUCCCUCAGCUCCCGCUCUAGGCGCUCAGCACAGUCUCAUUGCAGAGCCCUCCCCGAGCUCACCAUUCUAAAGAGAAAGACCCCCAUCGGUGGGUGGGCAGACAGGCAGGCGGGCAAACAGGCAGAGAGAGAGAGUGCUGCCGAAAAGAGCACGAAGAGUCAAGCAAGGGCCCCUCAACACACCCACGUAUUCUUAUUUCCAGGCCCACUCAAGGAUACGCACAUGCUCAGGUGCACACACAGAGGUACACAGGUCCCCCGACACAUCUGCAAGUAUGCAGCUCUCCCAGUGCACACCCAGGUACCCAGAUCCCCAGAUGCACACGCAUGCGUGCAGAUUGGUGGCUCUCUAGGUGCACGCGUUACGCAGCUUUCCGGGGACCCUCAUGGGGACACAGAUCCAAGCCCCCAGUUGCGAGGGGAUGGGAGCCACCUGAGGGAGGGCAGGAAGGAGGGAGGUGGGGCAGUCAGGGCUGGACCAGUGAUCUCGGGCCAGGCCGGCCUGCUGCAGUAGCAUGGUCCAUUCAGAAGGUCAGAAGCCGGCUUGGCUCCCAGCCGAUCCGGUUUCCCCUUCUCCCGGGUCUGCUUCAAAGAGGCUCAGGCCUGUCUCUGACCGGGAUUUUCCUUCCAGAACCACACUCCGGCCCCGGGAGGGCCACAGGGGCAUUGCGGUGAUGGGGCAGGGGCCGGAUCCCAUUCCCACCUUCGCUCCCUCCCCCAGGCCUCCCAGUUCCCACAUGUGAGCCCCUGAAUGGGGAAGAUGCUGGGAGGGGGGCAGGGGACUCCUUUCCUGGAAUCUCUUGGGGUGAAGGGGCUGUCUGGGGGCGGGAGGGUGGCAGCAGCGGGAGAGGGAGGAAGGACGAGUGGUCCCCUAGGAGCCACACGUAGAGGGGGAGGAGGCUGGUCGGGCUGAGGCCAGAGAACUGGGCCUUCCAGUCCACCCAGCUUAAACUGCUCCGGGGAGUCACCCAACAUGAAACCGGAGGUGCCCGGUGAAGAGACAGGAGUCUGGGGGCUCCGGGACCUCGAAUCCCACCUGUGCCUCCUUCCCCAACCUCCACUGCCCUCCCUCCACCCCCGUCACAUCCCCUGUCGCCCUGGAAGUCAGGUUGGGUCCGCCCCUGCUUGCUUCCCAUCUCUGCGCUUUAUUCUGGAAUCUCUCCCUCGCUCGACCGUAAGCCCCCCAGAGGGUCGCUUCUACUAGCUAUUGGACUCUCCCAAGAGCUGAGCAGAGUGCUCUGCACACGGUAGUCUGUAAGCCCCCUGAGGGCAGGGAUCUCGUCUGCUAAGUCUAAGUAGAUCGGAAGCCUCUUGAGGGCAAGAAUCCCGUCUACUCACUUUAUUGUUCCCUCCCAAGCACUUAGUACAGUGCUCAACAUAGAGUAAAUGCUCAUUAAAUGUGCUAGAUUGAUGGACUGAUUGAUCGGUGGAUUAAUUGGAUGACGUUGACUGGAGUUUCAUCUGGCGCCGGACGUAGAAAGCACUCAAUAAAUACCAUUCAUUGACUGAUUUUGCCCCAAGCGGAGCCCCUACCUUGCUGGUCAGGGGAUAGCCCAGCCAGCCUGACAGGGACCGUGUCCGCCAACUCAAUCGUGCUGGACUCUCCCAAAUGCUCAGUCCAGUGCUCGGCAGGCGGUAAACGUUCACCGGCUGAAGCGCGGCCCAAACUAGGGGCUUGACGGAGAUUCUCCCGUGUGGCUCUGGGGCAGGCCCCAUCCACACGGUCGAGGAAACGCCAGGGAGAGGACUCGUCUCUCCUCGCCCCCCAGGACCACACAGCACCCACCCUGGAAUCCUUCGGGCCUGGACUCCGCCCUCCUGCCCCCACCCUCCCUCCCCGGGGAAGCUGGUCUGCCCACCCACUGUGCCGCUGAACCCCCAGAUCUCACCUCCAGCAAGGGGGCUCCUCUCGCCGGCCCCUCUUCCGCCCUAAAAUGAACAGAAGCUCCAGAGUCCCCUCACAGCCCCAGCCUCACCACUUCUCUCUUUCCAAACAAGACUUCUAACACCCCGCACCCUCGACUCUCCUGCCCCCGGCCCAGUGCUUACAGCUUCUCCCCAACCUCUUCCCGCCGGCUCGAUCACGCCACCUCCCUUUCCUCCUACGAAGCCCUCCCACACCGCCACCUCCCCUUGGAGGCCCUCAGUGAUUAAUCUCCCCACACGUUUUCCCAUCCGGGCCGAGCCCUCGGCCGGCCCGGCGCCCCCUGAGUCCUCGAGGCUCCGAUCCGUUCGUCUCUCUCGUAUCCACUUGGGCCUCGAUCUUUUCAAUCUACGCUCACCUUCUCUUAACCGUCGGAUAGUCACAGAGUUUCGCGCGCUGGGUCUUCACGCGUUAGACUGUAAGCUCUUCAGGGCAGGGUCCGUGUCUUAUAUUUCCUCAGUAGGUUCCCCCGAUGCUGAGUACAGUGCUUUAGACACAGCCGGUCCUCAAUAAAUAACAUUGGUGAUGACGA